GUACAAUUCAUGUCGUAGUCGCAGGCGGUCGAGUUUCCAUACACCUUCUAUUCGCUUCCACCGCCUCGUCGCGCUAGUGUGUGUGCUCCCCAUUUCUUCGUCGUCCUCUCUCUCGCCUUGCAAUCCCCCAACCUCACUAACUGACUUCUCUGACCUGCUUUUGCCAUCUGCUUUUUUGGCACUCUCGCACAUACUCACCCAUUCCACUUCACCACCCUCACAUCCAAUUUCUGCUCCACCAUGUCUACCGUCACUCCAGAAGUCACUUGGGCGCAGCGCUCCUCCACCUCGGAGCCCGAGAAGAACUACAUCUUCCUCACCAUCGUUGCUACCGAUGUUCCUGAAUCAGACAAACAGCUCGAUUUGACAGACAGCAAACUUAGCUUCAAGGGUACCUCAACGUCCAAGAAGGUCACAUAUGCCGUUGACCUGGAGUUCUUCGCCGAGAUCGACCCCAAGGAGUCUAAAAUUCACCACACCGGCCGCGACAUCGAGCUGGUCCUGCGCAAGAAGGAGCUCAAGGAGGAGUACUGGCCGCGCCUGCUCAAGGACAAUAAGAAGAUGCACUUCCUCAAGACGAAUUUUGACAAGUGGGUCGACGAGGACGAGCAAGACGAAGCCCCCGAUGACGAGGACUACAUGUCCAAGAUGAACCCCAUGGGUGCCGGAGGCGACGGUGGUUUCGGCGGCAUUGACUUCUCCAAACUGGGUGCGGCUCAAGGCGCAGGAGGACUACCAGGCAUGGGAGAUCUUGGCGGCGAGGGUGAGGACAGCGAUGAUGAAGACGACGACGAGGAUAUGCCCCCACUGGAGGGCGAUGAGAAGGCUGAAGCUUUGGGAUCGAAGAAGAUUGAGGAGGUCGCGUAA